AUGGUUGAAUUCAUCACUGCAAAUGGAGCUCAGCUCGCUUAUGAGCUGAGCGGACCCAAAGAUGCGCCGUUAAUGAUUACUCUCCAUGGCGGAAGAGGAAUGGGUGAUCAUAGGUCCGACUACAAAGUAUACAGUCGCCUCAAUGAUAGAAUCCGCGUGCUUUCGUUUGACUUCCGGGGGCACGGCCAAAGCUCCCGUACCAAGCCGUAUACUUUUAAACAGAUCGUCGACGACGUUGAGGCUGUACGGCAGUAUUUCUCAGGACCUGAUGACAAAGUCAUUAUCUGUGGUGGAAGUUUCGGAGGGUUUCUGGCGCAGCAAUAUGCCAUAACCUAUCCAUCCAAAGUCUCGUACUUGAUCCUGCGAGGGACUGCAGCUUCGCAUCAUCAUGAAGAUGGCGCCAUUAAGACCCUUGAAGCCAGAAUCAGCAAAGUACCCAGCUUCUCUAAGGAGAUGCUGCGAGACAAGGUCUUUGGCGCCUAUGACGACGACGAAGAUUUUAGACUAGUCCAUUUUGCUAUGAUGCCCUUGUACCGGGAAGAUUAUGAUGCAAAUGCCGGGCUCAAGGCUUGCCGAGAUACAGUUUAUGUCGCGGAGUCUCACAAUGAUCUUUAUUCCGAGAACGAAAAGUACUUUGAUUACGUCGACCAAUUGGGUAGCAUUCAGGCAAAGACUCUAGUUGUCGUUGGCGACCAAGACUGGAUUUGUCCACCAGGAACCAAAGUCAGUAUGACGGGCGAUAUUCGUGUUUCGAUCGAUAGGGGCGGCACUUUCUGUGACGUUAUCGCUACAGGCGCAGAUGGAGACAAACCAUUCAUUUUCAAGUUGUUAUCAGAAGACCCUUCCAAUUACCUUGAUGCACCAACUGAGGCACUCCGAAGAGUCUUAGAAAAGUACACGGGAAGGGUGAUCUCGGUUGGUGAGAAGCUUGAUGCUUCAAGAAUAGCAUCAUGCCGUAUCGGGACCACGGUUGCAACAAAUGCCCUACUCACGGGCAAUGGUGAAAGGUUCGCCUUUGUAACUACCAAAGGCUUCAAAGACGUCUGUGUUAUUGGAGACCAGUCUCGUCCUGAACUAUUCAACCUGGAGAUCCGCAAACCAGCCGCCCUGCACUCUACUGUUGUGGAGGUUGAUGAGAGAAUCACCAUAGAAGACUACGAUCUAAACCCUCACAAGAAAUCAACAGCCAACAUAGAGGGCGAUCCGGACUUGGUCAGAACUCCAAGCGGUGAAGUUAUUCGAAUCCUCAAGAGACCCGAUGAAAGAGUCGUUCGACAACAGCUCGAAGCGCUGCACGAAGAAGGCUACACAUCGCUGGCAGUAUGCUUCAUGCAUGCCUACCUCUUUCCAGAUCACGAGAAUAUGGUAGCUCGUAUCGCAAAGGACGUUGGUUUUACAUUCGUCACUAUCUCCUCCGAGUCCAGCCCAGUGAUCAACUUUCUCAGGAGAAGCAACUCCACUUGUUCAGAAGCCUACUUGUACCCCAUCAUCAGACGAUAUAUCGACAAUUUCGAAGCAGGUUUCAAGAGACCCCCUCAGAGGGUAGAUUUCAUGUGCUCUGACGGUGGUCUUAAGCAAUCUGAUAAGUUUCGAGGAAAUGAGGCACUCUUGAGCGGAUCAGCUGGUGGUGUUGUGGGUACAGCAAAAUGUUUCGACGUUGAUGAGAGAACACCUGUUAUUGGAUUCGACAUGGGUGGUACAAGCACUGAUGUCUCGAGAUAUGAUGGAAAAUACGAUUUUCUCCAACAGACGACGAUUGCCGGCCGAACUAUCAACCUAUCCAUGCUCAAUAUUGCAACUGUUGCUGCGGGAGGUGGAUCCGUCUUGUUUGCACGGAAUGGACUGUUAGCAGUUGGGCCGGAGUCUGCUGGAGCGCACCCCGGUCCUGCAUGCUAUAGAAAGGGAGGUCCUCUGACGGUUACAGACGCCAAUCUGUUCCUCGGACGACUCGUACUCUCGUCAUUCCCUGCCAUCUUUGGAGAGUCUGGAGAUCAAGAGCUGGACAUCGAGGUCGUGAGUCAUAGCUUUGAGCAUAUCACACGAGACUUCAACAGACAGACGUCUCAGAACCUCACACCCGAGGAAGUAGCAUUAGGCUUCUUGAACAUAGCGAACGAGACGAUGAGUCGACCUAUUCGAAACGCAACAGAGGCUAGAGGCUUCGCUCCUGAGAGCCACGAUCUCGUAAGCUUUGGUGGUGCAGGUGGCCAGCAUGCCUGCGCUAUUGCUGAUAAGCUCGGCAUAAAUCGUGUGGUCAUACACAAACUGUCAUCGUUGCUCUCAGCACAUGGUAUCGCGCAUGCAGAGCUUCAGCAUGAGGUAUUAGAGCCCUUCGCAGCCGAGCUCGAUGAAAAAGCCAUGGUAGGGGUGGAAACCCUCUUAUCAGCACUGAAGAGCAAAGUAAUUGAAGAAUUGGUGUGCCAAAAAGCUUCAGAGCAGAGUUUGGUCUUCGAUGAGGUACUUGUGUUGAAGUACUUUGGCACUGACACGAAUCUCUCCAUCUCUAAACCAGCUGAUGGCGACUAUGCCGCAGCUUUCACGGCCAUGCAUCUACGCGAAUUUGCCUUUUCUAUGAAUAGACCUAUAAUCAUCGAAUCUGUUAAAGUUAGAGGCUCGGGAAGCACUGGCGCACUGAGUCAUGAGACGUCAGCAUCCAAAGAGUUAGCUUCGAGUAAACGGACGGUGUUCUCCGACUAUACCGCGAGGCAGAAGGUAUACCUUGAUGGCUCGUGGCAGGAUACAAGAGUUUUCAGACUGUGCGAUGUUCCUGAGGGAAGUCUUAUCAACGGCCCGGCAAUCAUCAUUGACGAGACACAGACGAUCCUUGUUGAACCCCUCUUCGAGGCACAUGUUCUGGCUAACUAUGUUAUUUUGGAAAGGACACUUUCUGAAGAGCAUUCUCCCAUGCCUUUUUCCGGGACCUUAUCUACAUCGAAAGAAACCCUGAGUCCCAUCCAACUAUCCGUGUUCGCGCACCGCUUCAUGGCCAUCGCCGAGCAAAUGGGCAACACCCUCCAGCGAACAUCCAUCUCAAGCAGCAUCAAAGAGCGCCUCGACUUUUCCUGCGCCAUCUUUUCUCCUGAAGGCAAACUCGUCGCCAACGCUCCUCACAUCCCUAUCCACCUCGGAAGUAUGCAAUUUGCCGUCCAAGCUCAGCACCGCCACUGGAACGGAAGGCUGAAGCCCGGAGACGUUCUCCUAACGAACCAUCCCUCUUGGGGUGGGACACACCUACCUGACUUGACAGUGGUUACUCCUGUUUUCGUCGGAGACCGGAUUGCUUUCUACGUUGCGUCCCGGGGCCAUCAUACCGAUAUCGGUGGUAUGGGUAUCACCAGUAUGAUGCCCGAGUCGCGGUCUCUAUGGGAGGAAGGUAUAAUCGUAUCCUCCAUGAAGAUCGUCAGCAGCGGCGAGUUCCUUGAAAGCGAGGUCCGGGCCGCUUUUGAGAAAGUUGGUACUUAUCCUGGAUGCAGCGCAACACGCCGUAUACAAGACAACAUCUCAGACCUCAAAGCACAAACCUCAGCAAACCAACGUGGGAUAACCCUCCUUCAAAACCUAUGCAAUGAGUACUCGCUAGAGGUGGUGCACAAGUACAUGACAGGUAUUCAACAUAAUUCAGAGCUAGCAGUAAGGGAGUUCUUUAAGAAACUGGCUCAAGAGCAUCCAGGUCCUCUAUCAGCGACAGAUUAUCUGGAUGACGGGACUGCCAUGAAAGUCAGGAUCAGUAUCGACAAGAACACAGGCAGUGCGAUAUAUGACUUCGCUGGCUCAGGUCCCCAGUUGUGGGGAAACUAUAACUGUCCCAUCUCUAUCACUCACUCGGCAAUUAUCUACAGCAUAAGAUGCCUGGUCAAUCUUGACAUCCCCUUGAACGAGGGUUGUCUAGCACCAUGCGAUAUCCGCGUGCCUGCUGGCUCUAUCCUUGAUCCCACACCGACAGUGGCCAUCUGCGGUUCAACUCUAGCAAGCCAGCGAGUAAUUGACUUAGUCCUCCGUGCUUUCGGUCGCUUCGGCGCCAGUCAAGGUUGCGCAAAUGCUCUGGGUUGGGGCAUGGGAGGCAAGAAUCUAUUGACGGGUGAGAUUGAACCGGGCUGGAAUUAUGGAGAGUCGAUUGGCGGAGGCGUUGGUGCUGGUGAAGGCUAUAACGGGGAGAGCGGCGUGCAUGUUCACUCUACAAACACUCGUCAAACCGAUAGUGAAGUAAUAGAGAAGCGCACUGCCGUCCUUGUACGAAGAUAUGGCAUCCGAGAGGGCAGCGGGGGAAGCGGUCGAUGGCGUGGAGGUGAUGGCAUCGUUCGCGAAAUUGAGGCUCGUGCAAAUCUCAAGUUCAGCAUCUUGAGUGAUCGGCGAGUGUAUAGACCUUACGGAAUGGCUGGGGGCCAUGGUGGCCAAAAGGGCAAGAACCUUGCGUUCAAGUUCAACGAGGUUCAUGAGUUGGAAGCAAUCAAUCUCGGUGGCAAGGCAAUUGUUCAACUUGAGCCUGGGGAGUAUAUUCAGGUCAAUACGCCGGGAGGGGGCGGUUAUGGAACGCCAGGCGAUGAAGUGGACGUAUUUGGCGAGCCUCUACCUCUAGACGAGCCUUACCGGCCCAUUUACGAACAAGGGGAAAACCCGGUCUGGGGUUGGGUAUUGGUCAACUAUGCUAGCUACGGCGUCCAGUUCUUCCUCCCCAACGGCAAGUCCUAUGGCCAAAUUCUACUCGGCGGGUCCACAGGAACAGACAUACCUUUGAGGUGGCAGCCUUUUGAAAAGCCCCCGGAUCUGGAAUCAUUUUCCGUGGAUUCUGUGGACAUACGACGGUUGCAGGAGCUCAUGGACGUGUUUCGUCAAGACCCAGAAUACUUAAAGGCAUUCAUCCACAUGAUUGGGGAGUCACUCGCUUUCUCCAAAGAUAUGGACCCAUCAUACUCGGAGAGCCUUGCGUCCAUCACCGGGAGAUGCCUUGCUCUUGUGGAUUUUGGUGUCUCGCUUGAGCUUGCUCAGAAGCCAAGGGAAAACCAGUCUACCAUCAAUGAUGCUCUUCCACAGAUUGCACUGCAAGAUUACAAGUUCCCUUGCAUCUUUGGUGACGUGGAACACAGAGAUGAUGGGAUGGUGGGCCAGAACUACCCCUUCCUCCAGCCGCAGUACGCGGAUCCAUUGGAACUUACACGAUCUCUGUUCGUUGAGCCUGAGGAUGCCUUGAACUCCGGCACAGUGGACCGCAUGUCUUCUGAAUUCCGAAAGGAGACAUCCAAGUCUCUGAGCAUCUUCACCGCCAUCAUCAACCCAUACACUCCCUUCCACAUGAGGACUGCUGGUCUUCUGCCGACAAAGGCUCUUGAGAUACCUCCAUGGACUAUCAAGAAAGCUCUUGAAAAAAUGGACGUAUUCUUCCCUACGGGGCCCGUUCUAAGCCUCGACCCUACUUUGGGAAAGCCUGUGUCGUCACCUACAGACACAGCUAUCGUGCAACAAAGUCAAGUCAGGGGUUCAGGAGAAGAGAUAGCCAAGCCGAGGAUGGCGGUCCCAGCACCUCCUGUAGGUACAUGGACUUGGUUACAGCCUAUGCUCAACGAAAAAGAGGUUACAACUACCUACAAAGAGAUCGAGACUGAUGGAUUCGAGAGAAUUGAAGAGGAUAAUAUUCUUAGAGUAAAUAACGGGCAGCCAUUAACAGCACUUGAGGGAUUGCUAUGCAUGAGCCGGGAUAACGAUAGAAAGAAAGUAUAG